GCCAACAAAAUCCAUCAUGUGUUAAACCCCAAAUCCACGCGGGAAAUCAAAAUCAGUUUAAGUUUCCUCAAAUAAUCUCGAAUCUAUCUCUUCUCUUUUGCUGAGCUCAAUCUGUGUAAAAUGGCGAUUAGGAACGAAGAAUUGGAGAAGAAAAUGGAAAAUAACGAGAAUAAUUCGUUAUUAUCAUCAUUGCAAGUAGAAGAUGAUGAACAUGAAUCGAAAGAAAGUGUUCUGCAGAGAUACUUCCUCCAAGAAUGGAAGCUCGUCAAGUCGCUGCUGGACGACAUCGUCUUGAAUCGAGGCUCCUGCGAUUUGUCAUCCGUCCAUAAGAUCCGAUCCAUUAUGGACAAGUAUCAGGAACAAGGUGAGCUGUUAGAACCUUAUCUCGAGAGCAUAGUUUUACCACUAAUGUCAAUUGUCCGCUCGAGAGCUGCUGAACAAAUUGUUGCCUCUGAGGAAACUCUUGAAAUUAUAAAGACUUUAUGCAUCAUUAUUUAUUCCCUGGUAACAGUUUGUGGAUACAAGUCUGUCAUCAAGUUCUUUCCCCAUCAGGUUUCAGAUCUUGAACUUGCGGUGUCUCUUUUGGAUAAAUGCCAUAAGACAAAUGCUGCAACAUCAUUAAGGCAAGAAAGUACUGGAGAGAUGGAAGCAAAAUGCAUCAUGCUUCUGUGGCUGUCUAUACUUGUAUUGAUACCUUUUGAUUUAUCAUCUGUGGAUACUAGUAUGGCUGAUGACGACUAUGUUCAUAGAGAUGAGCCACCACCGCUAGUGAUGAAAAUUUUAGGAUUCUGUAAAGACUAUCUAUCAAAUGCAGGUCCAAUGCGUACUAUAGCUGGGUUGCUGCUCUCAAAGCUUUUGACACGCCCGGAUAUGUCAAAGGCAUUUACCAGCUUUAUUGAUUGGACGCAUGAAAUUUUCUCUUCUGUGGAGGACAAUGUUAUUGACCAUUUUCGAUUAUUAGGUGCAGUUGAAGCACUUGCUGCCAUUUUUAAGAUUGGUAACAGGAAAUCAUUGCUCAAUGUCGUUCCCAUUGUUUGGAAUGACACAUCAGCAUUGAUAAAGUCCAAGUCUGCUGCUCGGAGUCCUUUACUUCGCAAGUAUCUAGUAAAGCUUACCCAGAGGAUUGGGCUUACUUGCCUACCCCAUUGUUCUCCAACAUGGUGUUAUGCGGGUAGAAACAGCAUUCUUGGAGAGAAUAUCUCCUCAAACGUGAAAGGAGAUAGUAAUCAGUUAAAUCAUGCUGUAAACAUGGACUCUUCUAGUUUCUAUCAAGGUGAAAGCUUCCUUGAAGAUGAAGAUAUGGAUGUUCCAGAAAUCGUAGAAGAGAUUAUUGAACUUCUAUUGUCAGGAUUGAGAGAUACGGACACUGUUGUGCGUUGGUCUGCUGCAAAAGGUAUUGGCCGCGUCACUUCACGUUUGACUUAUUCUCUUUCGGAUGAAGUCCUGUCUUCUGUACUGGAGCGUUUUUCUCCAUAUGAGGGAGAUGGUUCUUGGCAUGGUGGAUGCUUGGCAUUGGCAGAACUGGCACGUAGAGGAUUGCUUUUACCAAUCAGUUUCCCUAAAGUUGUUCCUGUCAUUAUAAAGGCAUUACAUUAUGAUGUUAGAAGAGGACCACAUAGUGUUGGAUCUCAUGUACGUGAUGCGGCUGCUUAUGUUUGUUGGGCAUUUGGUCGUUCAUAUUAUAACAGAGACAUGAAGAGUGUGAUGGAACAGCUAGCUCCACACCUUUUAGUUGUGGCCUGCUACGACCGUGAGGUUAAUUGCAGAAGAGCAGCCGCAGCUGCUUUCCAGGAAAAUGUUGGGAGACAAGGAAAUUUUCCCCAUGGCAUUGAUAUAGUAAAUAUGGCAGAUUAUUUUGCACUGUCCUCUCGUGUAAAUUCAUAUCUUCAUGCUGCUGUUGGUAUCGCUCAAUAUGAUGGCUACCUUUAUCCAUUUGUGGAUGAACUGAUGCACAGCAAGAUUUCUCAUUGGGACAAAAGUUUGAGAGAACUUGCUGCGAAUGCCCUCUCAUCGCUUGUGAAAUUCGAGCCUGAAUAUUUUGCCAAUGUGGUUUUGGGGAAAUUAAUUCCUUGCACUCUGUCGUCCGAUUUGUGCAUGCGGCAUGGUGCAACCUUAGCCACUGGUGAGGUUGUUUUGGCUCUGCACAAGGACAACUAUGUUCUAUCAACAGAUAAGCAGAAAAUGGUUGCUAAUAUGGUUCCAGCCAUUGAGAAAGCAAGGCUGUAUCGUGGAAAAGGUGGAGAAAUAAUGCGUUCUGCUGUUUCUCGCUUCAUCGAAUGCAUUGCUCGAGUUCAAGUACAUUUGACAGAAAAAAUAAAACGAAGUUUACUUGAUACACUUACUGAGAAUUUGAGACAUCCUAAUUCUCAUAUACAGAAUGCUGCUGUUGAAGCCCUGGAACAUUAUGUUCCUGCUUACCUUUUGUCCAUGGAAAGCAAAGGCGUGAAUGAUAUCACGUCAAGAUACCUUGAGCAGUUGACUGAUCCCAAUGUGGCUUCAAGACGAGGAUCUGCACUAGGACUGGGUGUUUUGCCUUUUCAGUUGCUAGCUAGAGACUGGAAGCCUGUAUUAUCGAAGCUUUGUAGUUCAUGUGCAGUUGAGGAUAAUCCUGAAGAUAGGGAUGCUGAAGCACGUGUGAAUGCUGUCAAAGCACUUGUAUCCGUUUGCGAAAAAUUAACGGAUGCAGAAAAGUUUUCUGAUUUCUUUUCCGAAGAAGAUGGCAUUUCCCUCUUUCUUUUCAUCAGAAGUGAAGUGAUGUGCUGCCUUUUCAAAGGUUUGGAUGAUUACUCUGUUGAUAACAGGGGCGAUGUAGGUUCUUGGGUUCGUGAGGCUGCGAUGGAUGGCCUUGAAAGAUGUACAUACAUUCUAUGCAAGAGAGAUUCAUUGGAUAUUCCUUGUAGAUCACAAGGAUUUAAUUCUAUCACAGAGCUGCAUGAUAAAGAGAGUGCGCAAAAUGACCAGAUCAAAUCAUUUUUUGAUGCAAACCUGGCAACCAAUUUAGUUGGAGGCAUUGCUAAGCAAGCUGUAGAAAAGAUGGAUAAAAUAAGGGAAUCAGCGGCAAGGGUACUCCAAAGAAUUUUGUACAACGAAACAAUUUUUGUACCACACAUACAUUACAGAGGAAAACUAGAAAACAUAGUUCCUAAUGAGGCAGACAUUAAGUGGGGGGUACCCGCGUUCUCAUAUCCUCGUUUUGUUCAACUACUUCAGCUUAGUUGCUACAGUAAAUACAUAAUAUCUGGGUUGGUCAUUUCUAUUGGCGGGCUACAAGAUUCUUUGAGAAAGGCAUCACUCAGUGCUUUGUUAGACUAUCUUCAAAGUACUGAAACUGAAGGGCAGAACAACUCCCGGGAGUUUGCUCUGUCUACUGAUAUACUAUGGGUUCUACAAAAGUACAAAAGAUGUGACAGAGUCAUUAUACCCACUUUGAAGACUAUCGAGAUCCUUUUCAGCAAAAAGAUACUGUUGAACAUGGAGGCCCAGACUACCGUCUUCUGUGCUGGUGUUUUGGAUUCUCUUGCUAUCGAAUUGAGAAGAUCAAAGGACUUCUCAAAGUUAUGUGCAGGAAUUGCCAUACUUGGGUAUAUUGCUUCGAUUUUAGAGCCUAUCAACAUCCGUGCAUUCUCUCAACUUCUUUCAUUCCUUGAUCAUCGCUAUCCAAAGAUUCGAAAGUCUGCUGCAGAACAAGUGUAUCUAGUCCUUCUAGAAAAUGGAGAUCUAAUGUUAGAUGACAAAGUAGAUAAAGCCGUUGAAAUUAUUACCGAGACUUGCUGGGAAGGUGAUAUUGAAGAAGCGAAGAGCAGAAGGUUACAGCUGUGUGAUAUGGCCAAUAUAAAACCCGAAGAAAUACUAAAAGCUACCAGUGCAGAAUCGAAUAAGAUUGUUCGACAGACUCCCACAGCUGAUGAAAAUGCUUCCUACUCUUCAUUAGUCGGGUCAGCUGGAUUUUAGGGCUAUCUUCUUUCGUCCCAGUCGUAUAAAAUUAAAGGUUUUUCAUGGAGCGUGGAAAAGGCAUUUUCUUGAAUGAAGCCCAAACAGGAAAGAAGAAGCUCUGUGGUUGGUUGUUUAGGAGAGAUGAACAAUAAGAAGGAUUGCAGUGGUGGUUCUAUACUAGUGCUUGAAUGGUUUGCCUUUGCCCUCCGCUAGUCUCUUUGUUAAGCUAUGAAUCAAGUAGUUUUGUUGAUUCAAUUAUGAGAGCCAAUCUACUGUGUGGAGAAUAAUUUUGAACGAGAUUUUAAUCUAUUCUAUCAGAAAUUUUAUAAAAACCUGUCUGGACCUUGAAGUUCUGUCGAA